AUGUCUAGUCAGAUUCCGCCACUGGUAUGUCAUACGCCUCCACCUAUAGAUUUUGACGCGGAUGACGAUGACGAUGAUUACGGAUCGGAUAUACCUGAGGACGAUGUAAUUGGCAUCGAUGAUCGGAAUGGGACCGACUGUCCGGAUGAUGAUUUUGGAGAUUUUGCAACAGUACUGCCCGGACCCACGAAUCUGGAUCCGAUUCCUACCGAGGCUGUGAUAGACAAUGAAACGGUGGAACUUACCAGUAUUCCGGAGGCAGUCGGAACCAAAAGCAUUUUUCCAGCACGAUUAGGUUCUGACAGUCCCCCUUCAUUGAUACUCCCAACAAAUGAAUAUCACGAAGCAGACAUUGAUGAAAUAGGUGGCAACGGAGUUGAAGAUGAAGAAGAUAUCGAUUUUCAACCAUUCGGCAGUCCGUCGCAACCGCCCGAACCACCACCGGAAGACAAUAUCAGCCUACCGUCGUUGCACUUUGAUGCGGACGUCUCAAAGUCGGAGGAGGAUGAUCACGUACCUGCCCAGCCCAAUGCCACAAGCUCAACGUCAUCGGGAUCCGGAAUCGAGACAGAAGUGGACCUGCCUGUUGCAGCAGCCGCCGAGCGUACAACACCCGUGAUACAGGAGUGCGGACGGUUCGACGAUAACACGGAGAACGAUUUUACGGAUUUUACAACCGCCUCAAAUGAGCGAUCGUCAGUGGUUUUGGAAAUUCCCACCGCGAACGACGUUUCAUUUGAAUUGGAUGAUUUUGCUCAGCUAGAAUCGACACCAUCUGCCGAUAGCAACUUUGUGUCACAGCAGAGUCGUGCCGACUUUGCCACGUUUGAUGCCGAUUUUAGCAAAUUUGACUCAUUCCAAGCAUCAUUCCCGGCAACGAUUGAUGAUGUGGUUCCGGUAAAGACACCAGUAGAGGAAACUAAAUCCAUGCCGAUCAUUGAACCGACAUCCGUUAAAAAGUUAGACGAUCGACAACCACCGGAAGAUGAGUUUGACGAUUUCCAGGAGUUUGCUACCUUUUCCGAACAGCCCGUCGCCACAGUAUCAACUCAAUUUAUGGAAAAGGAAGAUGUUACAAAAGAUGCGGAAAGUAACCGAGAAUCGUCUACUUCAACUGUGGAAAAUGUAAAGCGAGACAUUGACGCACCAUUGGAAGGCAGUAUUGGUAACGCCGCGAAUGAUACCUCGGGCAUUGAUUAUGACGAUGAUGAUUUUGGAGAAUUCAGUGAUUUCAAGCAACCGGAAACAGGCAGCACACCAGUCGAACCACCAAUUUGUAGUUUUUCCAUGGAUAAUGUUCACAAGCUACUAGAGGCAAUGUUUCCAAACGUCCAACCGGAAUUGCUUUCAACAGAUACAGGACAGCAAACAACAGCCGUACACAACAUUCCCAGCAACAAGUUGCAUUGCCAACUUCAGGACUUCGACAAUACGAACGCACUUGCCUAUCAACACAGCAAAUCGUCCAGUAGCAAAACGCUCGUAACGGCUCUCGGCAUCGAUUCGAGAAAUAUAAUGUACGGACCUAAAUGGAAUAGCUCAAUGCCAAGGUUUGCCGCAAAUCUCAGUUUCAACCCGCUGGAACCACUCAAACCAAUCGCACCGUCAACGGUUAAAGAAGUCGGAUCUAACACCAACGAAAAGAAUGCCAAUUUCACGCCAGCCGCCAAAACCACUAGCACAUUUGCUGGUGGGCUGGAUUCUUUGCACGUUAAUCCAGUUCCAAAUUCCGUUCCAGCGGCACAGUUUGAUUGGAACAGUUCGGGUUUGGUUAAUCCGCUGGAAGCAUCACAUGCACACACAUUAUUAUUGGACCUAGAACAGCUAGAGGUGAUGGCAAGUCUGAAAGAUAAAAUAAAUGUUGAUUCCUCCUCCUACUCCCCUGCACUCCGGUCCACGUGUAAUGUUGCUAAUACUGUGCAACUUCAUUCGGCUACAACAACGGCCACAACUUUAACUACAACAACACCUUUAUUGUUACCAUCAUCACCUUCACCAACUUUACCACAACCACUACCACCACUACCAACACCAACACCACCACAACCACCAACAAAACUGUCGUCUUCACUGCUUCUGUUGCCAACUACAAUGAAUACUACGCAAAUGUGCAACAACAAUAUUCAACAACUACAAACGAAAAACAACUGUUACAAAUCACCGGACACUGUUGGUGCGGACGGUGGCAACAAUACGGCCUCGUUGAUGGAUUGUCCCACUACGUUACUUGUCUUCGCCGAUCCAAUCGUCGACGAUUGCGAUCUGUUGAUAUCAACCGACCCAAUAAUACCGUCUGCCACGCUUAAUAAAACGACAAACAACACUUCAACCACGCCAUCGGAUGAAUUGGUUUUGAUCGAAACCCCAUGCGCGUUUCCGGUUGGUUUGCAAUCGAUCGUUCCUUCUUCCUACGAUCGUCCACAAACGUUUGACGAUUAUUUGGAUCUUAGUGUCCAGGAAAUGCUCCAAAAAGCCGUUACUGGUGAGCCCGAGGAUGGGACAAAGGGCGAAAUUUUGGAUCCGCAAGUCGCAGAAAACUCAAGCCCGAUUGCUGCAGAUGACAUAGCAGUAAAAAUGUCCUCGUUUGUAGCAAACCCAGCAACAGCGUCACAUCCGCAAGAGUACGAGGUUAUUGGGUCACUUGAUUUUACUGCCGGCAGCAGUGGUGGCAGUAACAAUGCUCAGUAUUCGGUUGCGCCACAAUCGGUGCAUCAUGAGCAACAACUGGAGGAGCAACUAGAAUCCGCACUGUCACAACAUUACGUUUCAACCCAUCCGCAGCAACAACCUAUGUCAAUUUCAUCUUCUCCAAACAGUGUGCCUAUGGUGCGAACUAUAAAGCUUCCAGAAACACAUAUUUUUACGCCCAGUCGGGGAGUGACCCCAAUCUCGCGGGAUAUUACUGAUCGUGACAUUGUUGUGCGUGAAUAUCACGAUGUAGAGUAUAGCUUAGAAAAAUCAGCUGCCACGCCGAGCUCCAGCAAAAAGGAAUCAGAGUUCGACGAGUUUAACGAAUUCCAAUCGGUGUCCGCUCUGCCUCCUGUAAUACCAGACACAGCAGCUGCCAUAAAUCCGAUCGAUUCUGUCAGACCAGUAAUUGGUCGAUCACCCACAGAAGAACUGGAAAAGCGCAGUCAGGAGCUAAUUGGACACACGAUUAGUACGACGGAACGUAUCGAUAAUGAUGAUAAUGAUGAUGAUGAGUUUUCUGACUUUCAAGCCGCGGUUCCGCCAAUAUCUGCAGUUCCUCCGGUGAAUAAACCCAUUUCAAACGUCCAGAAUAAUCGGUCGAACACAAGCUCGCCGGUGAUGUUGCUCAGUCCCGCAAUAUUGCUACCUCAGCAAGCCAACACCUCGAUGGAAAAAGAAUCUGCGAAUGCACGCAAAAAUGCCUCGACGGGUUCGAUCAACUGGCCCGAUCCAGGAAUUGAUCCGGAUGAAAUGGCUCGGUUUGAAGCCGCAUUUGCCAAACCUUCCGUUUCUGCAUCCGUCGCUGGAACACCUAAUGUAGCGAGCAACCAAAGCUUAGCAAGCGCCCCGAAAGCUCAAGCAGUAGAGGAAGACGAGUGGUCGGAUUUCAUAUCAUCCAAACCGGCCACUGAGAUGACUAUCAGAUUGUCUACUGCUAGCGUACCUAGUGGUGCAACAGCACCUACAGGCGCUGAAACGGAAACACAGGAAGAAUGGACAGAUUUCAUCUCUAGUACCGCGGGAACGGUCGGUGGCUAUACGUCGCACAAUCGUCUCUCGUCUAGUCAGAAUCAUUUUAACUAUCCACGCGCUUCCCCAGCAGUUGUUGGAGGCAGUGGAACGAAAACAACAAAUUCGUCCUGGUCGAACCAACCGCAGCUACCCCCGCCACAGUUUAGCUCGUGGAAUAGUAACAGCCUGUACUACAAUCCCAUGUCCUCGUUGCCUUUAACGAACCAACAACACCCGUCUCAGUAUGCACCCCACCAGCAGCACCAACAAUACUACAAUCGUUCGGAAAUGCCUGCCAUGGUCUUUUCUGGUGGUGCUGGCUACAGUGGUUCACCGAAAGUGCCAACCAAUCUUCAACAACAUCACGCACCAAUGCCGGGUACCGGAAUAACGUCUAUGAUGAUGGGACAGCAGCCACCUAUGCAGCUUCUACCGGAACUGUCGUUCAUAACACCUAAUGCGGGUGGUGGACAUAGUGCGGGCACGUCCGGUGCCAAACCGGCGACACAUUCCUUUCUCAGCAACGUGAUAUCGAGCAACAGUUUUGCGAAGAAAUGA